CGCGAACGAUCUUUUUUAGUUGUCAGAUUGGCACCUUUGUCGUACGAACAAAAAGAUAUCUAUAUGAUAGCGCGCUUAUCCGCACACUGGCGAUAAACGGAUGAUUUAUCGGCCGAUAACGUGAUAAACAGCAAAAAUGAAGGCGUUAUGGACAAAUGUGAACGGGAGGCUCAGUAGACAGUGUUGUCAUCGUACGCCUUUUCGCGUUUCUCGGUGCAAGGUGGCUCGGAUAUCGGUUUUAUUUCUUUUCUUUCUGCGCUAAAUUCACGAAGCACGAGUCGCGUGCGUGUGCGAGAAGAGGAAUUAGAUCCAUUGAAUCGAGGAUUUGAAUUGCAUCGCAAUCCCUUGUACUUGUGUCUCUCGUGACUACGGACGUCCACCUUGGCAGCGUUCAUGCGUCGCGAAAACAGAGCCAAUCAUGAUCAGGAAUUACGUGAGAGUGAGGCCGAAGCCUCGUUCUUAAAUCAGGAGAUCAUGACUGACACAACGGACGCGGUAACGCAGACGAUAGAACUACACGAGAAUGCACCUGUUUUUUAUUCCAACGCAACUAUCAUCACCAUGCAACCAGGAGCAGGUCACACUGGAGUUCCUCGAAGACCCAUCCCCGUCAACACCUUAGACUGGGUCUCCACCCCAAGGACGCAAUUGAACACGAUCACCGGCACGCAGUUCCUGGUCGGCGUCGAGCAGUUGGAAAUUCAGCAAGUUAUUGAUUUGAGUACUCUGCUCGGCGGAAUGGACAGAGGAAAUCAGUACAGGGUAAAGGUGCCUCGAGCGGAAACGCUCUUUCUCGCCAUGGAGGCCAAGCAUGAGACCACGUCCAGGUUCUUCGGAUGGUAUAAGGGAUUCGUGCUGAAUGUCUUGGAUCAAUGUGGCGAGACCGCCUUCGUGAUGAGAAAGGAUCCCAGCUGGAUGCACAUGCCCGGAUCGCGGCAGAGAAUCACGGUGGAGAGCGCGAAUCUCAUCGGCAGCGUUGAGGAGAAUUUCAGCGUAAUAGGACCGAGCUUCACGGUCUACGACGCGUCUAACGCACCGCUCUGCAAGAUAUAUGGGCCCAAAAUCUGCGGCUGUUGCAUGUACAAGGAGUCGUUAUUCCAGGUGAUAUCGAUGGAUGAGACGCUCCAACUGGCAUCCUUGAUGCACCAGUGGGAUCAUUUGAACGUCGAUUACAUCCUGCUGCUCACGUUUCCGAUAGACACCGACGUGAAGCUGAAGAGCCUGCUUUUGGGCGCGUCGUUUCUGAUAGAGUACCUGUAUUUCCAACGGAUUAGAAGAGCAUCGAGGAGGUAGAGCCAAUGAAAUCAGCUUUAAUCGACCGAUUUGUUAUCUGGGUAACCGCUAUUACCUCGCUUUUGCUCUUUCGAAAUAGAGCAAACGUGUAUAUAAACCAUAUGUUGCGGGCGAGCUGAAAAGUCCUAUUAAAAGAACCACUUGACGUUUAUAUAAAGAGCAAUUAAACAGUGCACGGUUGUAUGAAAUAUUGAAGUUAGGAUUAAUAUAUAUAUUACGCAAUGCAAUAUUGAGAGAGGAUGAUAAGUGAGCAACGAUAUGUGUGUAAAUGUGUGCGUACAUAUACAUCUGCAGAAACAUCUUUAAAAGAUAAGUUUUUUUAACCGAUACGUAAGUGGCAAGAAAUAAGAAUAAA